CCGCUUGUUGUGGGAAAGCUUUGGGGCACAAACGAUCCCUCCCAGCGAGUUUCUAGAGUCCGGGAGAGGGGAGGCGGGUCUCCCGGGGAUCCGCUGCUGCAGACAUGGCGGCCUCCACCGCGGCUGGGAAACAGCGGAUUCCCAAAGUCGCCAAGGUGAAAAACAAAGCCCCGGCUGAAGUACAGAUAACUGCAGAACAACUCUUAAGAGAAGCUAAAGAAAGAGAACUUGAGCUGCUUCCACCUCCACCUCAGCAGAAGAUCACAGAUGAAGAAGAAUUAAAUGAUUACAAACUAAGGAAAAGGAAGACUUUUGAAGAUAACAUAAGAAAAAACAGGACUGUGAUUAGUAACUGGAUAAAAUACGCACAAUGGGAAGAAAGUCUGAAGGAGAUUCAAAGGGCUCGAUCCAUAUACGAGCGUGCUUUAGAUGUAGACUAUCGAAAUAUUACACUCUGGCUGAAAUAUGCAGAAAUGGAAAUGAAGAAUCGCCAGGUCAACCAUGCCCGAAAUAUCUGGGACAGGGCCAUUACAACUCUGCCACGAGUCAACCAGUUCUGGUACAAGUACACAUACAUGGAGGAGAUGUUGGGAAACAUUGCUGGUGCCCGGCAGGUGUUUGAGCGCUGGAUGGAGUGGCAGCCUGAGGAGCAAGCCUGGCAUUCUUACAUCAACUUCGAGCUGAGAUACAAAGAGGUGGAUCGGGCCCGCACCAUUUAUGAACGAUUUGUCCUCGUGCACCCUGAUGUUAAGAACUGGAUCAAGUAUGCCCGCUUUGAAGAAAAACAUGCUUAUUUUGCCCACGCACGGAAAGUGUAUGAGAGAGCUGUCGAAUUCUUCGGAGACGAGCAUAUGGAUGAACACCUUUAUGUUGCCUUUGCCAAAUUUGAAGAAAAUCAGAAAGAAUUUGAAAGGGUACGAGUGAUCUACAAAUAUGCGCUGGAUAGAAUUUCAAAACAAGAGGCCCAAGAACUCUUUAAAAAUUAUACCAUCUUUGAGAAGAAGUUUGGCGACAGGCGGGGCAUCGAGGACAUCAUCGUGAGCAAACGGAGAUUUCAGUAUGAGGAAGAAGUAAAAGCUAAUCCACACAAUUAUGAUGCAUGGUUUGAUUACUUGCGCUUGGUGGAAAGCGAUGCAGAAGCUGAAACUGUGCGAGAAGUCUAUGAAAGAGCCAUUGCCAACGUCCCACCCAUUCAGGAGAAGAGGCACUGGAAGCGCUACAUAUAUCUUUGGGUCAACUAUGCUCUCUAUGAAGAGUUGGAGGCAAAGGAUCCCGAGAGGACAAGACAGGUAUACCAAGCCUCUUUGGAACUAAUUCCUCACAAAAAGUUCACAUUUGCCAAAAUGUGGAUACUAUAUGCACGAUUUGAAAUAAGACAGAAAAAUUUAUCAUUUGCCCGAAAAGCUUUGGGAACUUCCAUAGGCAAAUGUCCAAAGAACAAGUUAUUUAAAGCUUACAUAGAAUUGGAGCUACAGCUUCGAGAAUUUGACAGAUGCCGGAAACUUUAUGAAAAGUUCCUGGAAUUUGGACCUGAAAAUUGUACCUCAUGGAUUAAAUUUGCAGAGUUAGAGACAAUCCUUGGCGAUGUUGAGAGAGCCCGGGCAAUAUACGAAUUAGCCAUCAGUCAGCCCCGCUUAGACAUGCCAGAGGUGCUUUGGAAAUCAUAUAUUGAUUUUGAAAUUGAGCAGGAAGAAACUGAAAGAACACGAAAUCUUUACCGACGAUUGCUUCAACGGACACAACAUGUCAAGGUAUGGAUCAGUUUUGCUCAGUUUGAGUUGUCUUCAGGGAAAGAAGGAAGUUUGGCUAAAUGCAGACAAAUUUAUGAAGAGGCUAACAAAACCAUGCGAAACUGUGAAGAAAAGGAAGAGAGACUUAUGCUGCUGGAAUCUUGGCGAAGCUUUGAAGAUGAAUUUGGGACAGUAUCAGAUAAGGAGAGAGUAGACAAACUCAUGCCAGAGAAAGUCAAGAAGAGAAGAAAGGUCCAGGCUGAUGAUGGGUCUGAUGCAGGCUGGGAAGAAUACUUUGAUUACAUCUUUCCAGAAGAUGCUGCCAACCAACCUAACCUCAAGCUCCUGGCUGUGGCCAAACUUUGGAAGAAACAGCAACAGGUAAAGGAAGAUGCUGAGCAAGAUCCAGAUAAGGACAUCGACGAUAGUGAAUCCUGAUCUUUUAUUCAUAUUGAUAAAUGUUUUAUUAUUUUUAUAAAUUAAUAGUUUGGAACUCUUUUGACUCCUGUUCCUCAAAUAUUUUUUAUAUAUUUCACCAGUAAGGAAUUGAUUGGAAUGUUUAACAGCUACUUUUUGAAUUAUUUUUUAGUGCUCUUAGGCUAGUUAAGGGUGGAGAUUGCAAGUAAAGAAAUUUUUUAACUGGAUUUCUUUAUCUGAGUCCAAACUUUUCUAAUGUUUGUUCACAUCAUGCAUUAGGAAAUGUAAUUAAGGUGAUGCUUAGCAUCUAUUUCAGAUGGACCUGAAGAUUUUGAGUCUUGUUGUUGUUGUUGAUUUUAAAGAAGUUUUCAGGUUACAUUCUGUAGUAACUUUUCAGGUGUAGUUUUCUCAUGCUUAUCUUCUUCAUAAAGAUAUUUUUAUGCAUUCAUCUGAAACCUGUAACUUUUUUGUCUUCAGAGCUACACAAUCUUGAGUUCAGUUCCCAGGUCUGCCACUUAGUGAUUAUAUAACAACUUUUAUUUUCCGUUUCUUUACUCAUAAAAUGGACUAAUAUUUUGACAGCUUGUUUCUUGUUUUUGACAGUACAAGAAAAAAUAUGCCUGAGAAAUAUAAGUCAGGUUAAGGAAACAAUCAGGUCAGUUAAUGCAGGCAAGUAAGUUAUCAUUCUUAUGGUACUUUGUUUCUUUAUUUUUUAGUGACUUUGGGUAUUUUUACACAUGCUCUAAACCAAGGGUAAGUUUAAUGUUUAAGAUUACAUUAAGGAAAACAUUACUUGGAAAAUAAUUUACAGUGACUAUUUCUGAACAAGGUGUUUUUUACCAAGAACAAUUUAAUCUAAUUUUCAUUAUGUGCUCAAUAGUUCCCCAAACUGGUUGAGCCUUUUAAUAGCCUAUUUAAAGCUAAAGCCUUGUUUACAUGUGUGCUGUGAAAAAUGGUGUCCCAUGGUCAGAUAAGUUUGGGAAAUCCUGGAUUAAGGCUUAAACCUUAUUAUUGAGCCUCUUUACAGUUAAGCUUCUUGGAGCUUUUGAUAUGCUAUUAUACAAGAGGUCUUCAAAAAGUUCAUGGUAAGAUUUCUGUUUUAAUUGUUUUUCUGUGAACUUUUGAAGUACCCUUGUACAUUAUGAAUCUCCAGUAGCAAUGCUGAUAGGUUCCCAAACUUAGUGCACAAUGGAAUUAUUUCUACGUAGAGAACCAAGAAACAUCUCCCAGUGUGAUACAGUGUGUUACCUGACACAUUAAACUUACCCUUGGUUUAGACAAUGUGUAAAAACACCUGAGGUAACUAUAUGCUAAAUAAUGAAACUUAAAGUAGCACAAGAAUGAUAACCUAUUUGCUGAUACGUUGCUCACAUUCUCAACAAAAAAUACUUGCCUGAAUUAAAUGAUUUGAGGGAUUGUUUCCUUUAACCUAGUGUAUAUUUCUCAAGCAUAUUUUUUCUUAUUUUAUUCACAACCCAAGGACUAGAACUGUAUUUUUAAGACUGUUUUUCACCUAAAAUGACCAUUAAUAAGCAAAUUUAUCAUUAAACUUACAAAUAUAUUCACCCAUGGGGGUAAAAGUUACUCAAUGAUGUUACUAAAUACUAUCUUGUAAAUAAGAUACAGUGUUUGAGGGCAAAAGAAAAUAGAGGACUAUUAGGAGAAAAGGCAAAUCUGUUUUCAGCCUCUCUGCUUUAGUGACUGGACCGGUGGGAUGUCAGAUCAGUUUUGACUAUUGAGUACCAAGGUCUGUCUAGUCUGAAAUGGAGAAUUUGUAAAAUUAAUAUCCUUUGGCUCAGUCUUCAGUGUCAAGGGGUAAGAUGAAAACAGGUCAAAUGCUAAUAAUAUAAAUGACUAAUCAGUCUUCCUAGAAUUAUCUGUUUAUGUUGCAUGUAUGCGUAAAAAAAAAUCAGUGAUCAUUUUCUGACUCGUUCUCAAAGUAAACAUGUAACAAGCAUGUUGCCAGUAUGAAAUACUUAAAAGAAAAGUUAUUUUCUCAUGGGAGAACAUAAAAGAUUCAUUUCCUUCCCACUCUCAACUCUACAACAUAAGUCCUUUCAAAAGUAAAAGCUUUUACUUAAAUAAUCAUUCUUGUGAAUUUUUCUUUAGUUCUUUUACUCACUGGAUAUUUUCAGAUAUGGGUGAUGAAACUACACAUGAAAAUACAUGGUGGCUUAUGAUCUAGGUAUAUGGCCUUUGUUUAGGAAUUAGGUCCUUUUUCCUCUUUAAAAAAAAAAAAACCUCAGCAUCUUUUUAUAUUUAGAAAUGUUUUAUAUAUAAAUAAAUCAAAAAUUCAAGAGAAACAACAUACCCUAAAUGAUGACCUUUCACAGUCCUGAUUUAGUUUAUAAAUGACCGAAAAACGUCCAGAAAACAUUCAUGGAGUCAACAGUGUAUUUUAUUAUACAUCUUAGAUUUAUACAUUUCAUAUAUGCUUCGAUUACAUUUUACAUUUCAGUUACAUUUUAAAGCUUCAAUUAACAGUUAAAUACAAAAUUUAAAAAAUAUAUAUGUAGUAGUGGUUCUCAUACACAGAAUUCAGGAAACGGGAACAAGUCUUUUCCCUAGCAUGUAGUAAAUAUUAUGAACCCUGAGAGUGAAAUGUUUCCUUGUGACCUAGCUGCCUUUUUGAUUAAAUUUUAUUAUAAUGAACAGCUUUAAUAGGCAGGAUAUUGCUAAUUGGAAACAAUGAGACAUAAAGAAGUUGAUAAUCUGUAUUUUCCUGAAGUCUUUCAGCCCUAGAUGAUUAUUUUUCUCCUAAUAGAACUCCAGAAUAAUACAAUGAAAAUAACAUUGUCCGUAAAACAUCUGGAGCACCUGCCUAAGAACCACUGCCCAUGCUUAUUCAAUGUCUUUGGGCCUCACAGGAUAAGGUAAUGGUAUGGUGGGUUUCUUCUCAGUGUCCCUGGAAAGUGCUUUUCCUCAUAUCUGUCAGGAAGCAAAGUUUAAGAUAAACACCCAAAUAUCAAAACAUUUUAUAUCAAAUUUAAAGUGUAUAUGUAAAGUUCCCAUAAGAGAUUUUGUCCCCAACUCCCACUUCUACCAGAUUCUAAGCAAAAUGUAUUUAUGAAUGAGACUCCCAAUUGCAAGUAUACCCGAUGCUAACCAAACCCUAUCCAGCAUUCAGCUUAUCAUAUAAAUGUUCAUUCUUAUUAGCAGAAUAACAUGCCUGUAACACAGUAAAAUAAUAAUUUACAGAAAUUAACCAUCAGUAAGUUCAUAGAAGUUAAUUAUGAAUAGGUUUGUAAAAGUAGGUUAAAGGAGAUUUAAAUAUUAAUGUCAAAUAAGAUUCUUUUAAUUUUGUUAAAAUAAUUGAAUAUUUCAAUUUGUAGAAUGAAUGUAACUGUUUUCGGCUUCCUCUUGGGGGUACUGACACAGAAUGGAGCUUACCGUAAGCAUCCUCAUCGGGCUCCCUGUUGCUAACUGAAUAAUACUGUACGACUGUCCUGUAUACACUGUAGCCCAGCUGCUUGUACAUGUUGAUUACAACCUAGUUAUAUACCCUUACAAAGAGAUCAACAGAAAAUCCACCUUUUCUUUAAAAAUAAAAAAAAAAAAAAGUUAGAAUGUGAGAAACCUUAGAAAGUAGAAGAUACAUAAUUUUUAAAAGCACUUGUUUUUCUUUGCUUUGACUACUACUCAUAGAAUGGUAGUAAUAGGACCAUGCAGUUGAUUACAUCAUAGUAGCAUUUUUAUUAGGACUUUUAACAAUUAUUUUGCAGUACAAAAAGAUGAAUUUGUUUGCAUGCCAGUAAUUCAAAAGCUACAAUACGUGUUUUCUCAAAAGGUAAUCAAAGCAUACAGUGUACAGUAUUUUCUCCCAUAUAUAUAAGUGGAAGAUUAGGAAGUGCACACCCAUGUAGCCAUGGCCCAACUGUAGCUGCAGGAUACUGGUCACCCUGAAGCCCUCGGGUCCCUCUGGUCAGUAAUAUUCCCUUGCUCACCCAGAGGUCUCCAUGUCCUGACUCUUGUGACCAGACCAUUAUCUCUUUGCUUUUUGUUGCAGAUUUACUUAGAAUAGUUUAGUUUUUCCUGUUGUGCACUUUAUAUAAAAGGAAUCAUACUUCAUAUAGUCUUCUGUGAUUUGCUCCUCUCAGUGAGUACUGUGUGAGCCACCCUUCUGUGUAGCUGGAGUUUGUCCAUCUUCACCUUGGUUAGCAUUCCACUGUAUGAAUAUACCACACGUUGUCUGUGCCUAUUGAGAAACAUUCAUUUUUACUAGUGCAAACUGCUGCUAUGAAUACUUUUGUUGAGUGUCUCAUGGUACAGUCUUUAAGGUCUACAGCUAGGAGUGUCAUCGUUGUGUCAUAGGAGGUAUGCACAUCUUCAGCUUCAUUAGUUAAUGCCAAACUGUUUUGCAACCAGCUGUAUCAACUUGCACUCCCACAGAAGUGGGUAUGACUCCAUUUCACAGUAGCAAGUCUUGGUACAUCAGACGUUUUUAUUUUUGCCAAUUUCAUGGUGUAGUGGUAUCUCAGUGUGAUUAUAGUUUGCGUUUCUGAUUACUAACAAGGCUGAAUAUAUUUUUGUUUAUUGGCCAUUUAGAUUUAUCCCUCUGUAUAGUUCUUAUUGAUUGAUAUAAUUUUCCCUGCCAGCUGUAGUUCUCUAUGUAUUCUGGAUAUUCAGCACUGUGUAAUGUUUUUGUAAAUAUAUUUUUCCAA